GUGGGGUGAACAAAUCCACAUCGCUGGAGAGAGAGCAUAGCGGGAGAGAGAAAGGGGGAGGGACAGAGACAGCAGUCAGUGUGACAGAUAAGAGCGGCGGAUGACUUGUCUCUCUCUGAAUGCACCGUGAGCAAGAGAGCAAGUAAGUGCACAAGGGUGCCUGCCAAAGCAGCUCUGCACACACACACACAAAUACACACACACACACACACACACACACACACACACAGACUCCACAGCCUGGCACAGACAGGUAGCGUGUGAGGAGAAAAGAGUCUCACAACCAAGUUUCCAGGUGGGUCGUCAGAGGUUUCCCAAGCCGAGUCUACAACAGUGUAAUGGGUUGCCCAGACCAGAGGCUUUUCCUCUGAUCCGGCAAAGAGGUUGGCGUAUUCCUGCAACGAGAACUAGUCCUCACAUUGAGCGACCCUGGGCAUGGAGAAGCUGACAGAGAAAGAGAAGGAGCUGAUCCGAGUCAGCUGGGAGAGUCUUGGCAAGAACAAAGUUCCACACGGAGUCAUCAUGUUCUCCAGACUGUUUGAACUAGAGCCUGCACUCCUCAACCUCUUUCACUACAACACAAACUGUGGCACCACACAAGACUGCCUCUCCAGCCCUGAGUUCCUGGACCAUGUCACAAAGGUAAUGUUGGUGAUCGAUGCAGCAGUCAGUCACCUGGACAACCUCCAUACCUUGGAGGAUUUUCUGCUCAACCUGGGCAAGAAGCACCAGGCAGUCGGGGUUAACACCCAGUCCUUCGCUGUGGUGGGGGAGUCCCUUCUCUACAUGUUGCAGUGCAGUCUGGGUCAGGGGUACACAGCCCCUCUGCGUCAGGCCUGGCUCAACAUGUACACCAUCGUAGUGGCGGCCAUGAGCAGAGGAUGGGCCAAGAACGGAGAACACAAGACUGACUGAAACAUACACUUGGGGUCUGCUACCAGUUGCUGUCUAAUCACCCUCAUGGUUGCUAUGGAGUAAGGUUGUAUAACUCACAGCAUAAAGGUUUGAUUGCUGUAUAUGGUGAACGAAUGGCGUUAUCACACUUGACACAACAAAUAAUGGUCGGAUCACCUGGUGUUCAGAGUUAACUGUUUUUGCUGUGGAUGUUGUAGCUGCCAGAGAGUGCUGCUAUAACGUUGUGGGGAUGUUAUGGGUCAACCAUCUUUGGUCUGCAGUUUGAGUUCCUCAAAUUAGAGGAAGCAUAGGGUUAAAUUAAGGUAAUAACUGAAAUUGCUUUGUAAAUAAUGCAUUGAUAUAUCUACUCAAAUAAUUACAAUGAUUGUGGUGGUUUUUGUGAUGUAUCUUAGAGUCACACAAUUGUCAAACACUGGCUAUAUUGGCUGUAUUACUUGGCUGGAAUGGGCAGCUACGAUAUGGGCUCUCUCCCAAAUCAAACCAGUGAUAUAGAAACAUUGAUCACAAAAGUACAGUACGUCCAAGAUUAUUGUUUAGAGUGAUUGUCAUGAUUCUAUCGUUAUAUCUUUGAGUUAGGCUAGGGACCUGAUAAUGGCACAUACUAAUGCUCUCCUUUCUUUGUGUGUGUCCAUGACCUGGAGUGUAACAAUCCUUAGAGGUGAACUUGAUUCUUAAAGUCCUUGGUAUUAUUAACAAACACAUUACUUUUGAUGAUGCUCAGUAGAAAAUGACAAGAACUGUUCAUGUAUUCUAAAGCUUUUCUAUGUGAUCUCUAUGACUGUUAGGGUGUCCAUGUGCACCUUUGUCUGAAAUGUGUAUGUGGCACUCUCCUCUCCUCUGACAGUAGAGGUUGUACAGUUCACGUUGCCAUAUGUGUAUUACCAUAAUAUUUCAAUAGGCUUCAACUGACUGUUACUUAUUCUAAAAUAAAUGGUUAUUCUCCUCUCUUGAGUUCUAGCUAAUUGAUGUAAUGGAACUCAACAGUAGAUUAUCUGCUUGAGGGUCUUUGGGCUUGACUUAGUUUAAGCUCAUUCAGUUUUCACUAAUUGUAAAUGUAAAGUGGUGUUGAACCACAUACUGUAUCUAUAUAUUGUAAAUACUGCUAUCAUAAGUUGUAAACAGGCCAGAAAUAUAGUAGUAGUCUAUUUUGGCUUUUUGGACCCAGUAGGUAAUUGACAAAGCCAGGAUUUAUUCAUACAUUUUUUUCUUCCCUAUUAAGCUCAUAGUACUGCAAUGUUAAGUGCUUUUGGAGCUUGGAGUAUCUUUCUGUGGACAACCUUAAAGCAUUUAUUGAUAAACAAGUUUCACUACAUCCUACCUGAAAUAGUAAGCAAUGAUAGUUAGAGAUGAUAGUUAGAGAUGUGUACGUCCUUUUUGCUGCUAUGAACACAUUUACCUAUAUGUUUCUAUACAGUGUGUAUCAGUCGUUAUCUUCCUGUACAUUGAAAGUCACAAUGCCAAGUUAGCUAUAAUACACCAAGUAUUUGAUAAUAACACUACACUACAGUAUAUCUAAUCUGCUGAUAUGUGGUGAAUAUUGCUUCAGUCUGAGAUUACUUUUAUACAAUGUAUUUUUGUAUUUACGUGUUUUACGUAUGUGAAUGACUAUAUGCCAUUGCGAACACAGUUUUUUCAAACUGUUACGUUAACCACAACAUUUAUGUAAAAUCCAUGUAUUUUCCUUUUAAUUUGCAGGACAAGGCUCUUAAGCAUUUUAAGUCUUGAUGAGUGAGCUUUUAUCCUUAAGUCAUGAUAAAUGUAAGAGAGACAUUUCUCCUCAAUCGGUAUAAUUGCCAUAUUAUCAAUGUGUGAUCCGAUCCCUAAAAGGAUGUCUGUUGGCAUUAAAUACACAACCAUUUCUAAAGGAGAUCUCACUUUAUCUUUCCGUUCAAUCACCUGUGAGGUUUAUUUUCAGGCCAUGGCAGCACUACUAAUUCAGAUUUGUUUCUCUCUCCCACUUUCCAACUAGCAUUAUGAGUUUCCCUUACCAGAUUAACCCUUCCCCUGAAUCAAAAAGCAUUAUCAAUAGAGAAUCUACAUUGAACGUGCUUUUUAGUUCAAGAAAAAGCUUAAUCUGAAUCUAGGAAACUAGACCUAUGAGUUUAACACAUUUUCUAAUAUGUCUAUACAUGGCACUAGGCAGAUUGCUAUGUGUAUUGUCUCUAUUUCAACAAUUUGAGAGUAGGCCUGUUUUGUGUGUAUGUGUGAAUUGCAUUGGUACAUUUAAAUAACAUGAUAUUCUGUUUAUGAGUGUCUCAAUGUCUACCUCAUCAACUCAGCUGUGAACAGCAAUGAUUUCAACUAUCCUUUAACCAAAAACACGUGACACUUAAUGCAAAUACAUACUCCCUCAACCAAACAGCUCGUAAAAUGGACCCCAUCCUAUACUUAUGUAAUGUGUUGUGUGCUUACUCAAUUAAUAGUAAAUAAAGGUGAUCUUUUGUGGACAUGCUACUGAAAAAAGA